GUGGCGCCGGCUGCGAGCUCAAGUGGGAGGAGAGACCGCUGCCGUUCGCAUAAAAGGUCGGGAGCGGCAAAGCGGCUGGAGCUUGUCCUCAGCUCGGGGCUUUGUGGAGAAAGCGGGGCAUCGGCUGGUGAGGGGCGGCCGCGCCGGGGAGGGAGGACGCAGAGACGGUCUGCGGACGCCCCUUGAUGUAAGGAGGAAUGGCUGGAUAUACCAGCUCAGGUCCUUCGGCUGCUGCUGCGGGGCCCGUUGGUAAGGUCACCCUGGUCAAGACACACAGCCUGGACUACGUGAAGAAGAGGAAGAACGGCGAGAGACUGCUGCGGACCCUCAAGCACCUGAUCAGGAAGGAGCGGGUGGGGGCGGGCCAGAGACCGCCCUCGGUCAUCAGCCCCGGGCCUGUAACCCCUCCGGUCCCCGACCACUUGGCCUUUACCCUGGGCCGGCUGUGCAACCCACUGAGGCCGUUCGACCUCUUCCCGACGCCCGACUGCUGGGCCGGGCUCGGCUGUGCCAUGCUCCCGGCGCUGGAGAACGUGGAGACGGAGCUGAGAGAGGCUGAGGCCCCGGGCCUGGGUCUGGCCUGCAGCCCGGCCGAGGAGGACAUGAGCCUGGACCACCUGCUGGACGUCCUGACCCAGCUGCAGUACCACACCCACCAGGAGGAGGGCCAGAGUGUCUGCUGGCACUUCCUGGUGGGCGCAUGCCCCAAUGGAGACAGCUGCCCCCAGCACCACACUGCCCUGCCCUAUCACUGGCAGCUGAGGCAAGCAGCCAGCCAGAGGUGGGAGAGCGUGCAGGAGGACUCCCAGGAGAUGCUGGAGCGCUUGUACUGCGACCCGGAGCGGGAGAAGGUCACACUGAGCUACAGGGGCAGCAGUUUCCUGGCUGACUUUGGGCAGAUGGCCGUCCAGGGUGCCACCUUCGACAGGCUGAGGCGCCUAUGUACUUCAGAAACCGAUCUCUGUAACUCCUUCAAAACCAUUUGGAAACACUACUGGAGAGACACCUUCGAGUGGAAAGAGUACACAGAGUCGGUUAACCAGGACUUCAACGAGGCCCUGCAGCGAGGCCUGAGCAUUAGGCACGUGAUGGUCAGCAGGAACCAGCAGUACAAGGUGGACCUCAGUGCUGGGUUCCAGCAGAACAUCUCUACGGGCACCAAGCGACGCAUCCGCCGCCGGCCGCUCUUCCAGUCGAUCGUCACCCUCCUCCCGUACCUCAAGACCCUGUCGGGAGGCCCUGACCUAAGCCCCUCAGUACCCAGUGGGAACCCCUCAACUCCAUCACCCACCUCCAACAGUUGCCAGGACUACCCGGAGACCUGGAUCCCCAUGGACCUCAACGUGGACUUCAUCAAAGUGCCCAUGGCCCUAGAUGACAAAGCCUACGGCGUGGUGUACCGGCUUUUCCACAAGACCAUGUCCGAGACCAAGUUUGUCAUCCUCGGAAUACAGCGGGUACAGAACCAGUUCCUCUGGGACAAGUACAAAAGGAAGAAGCUCUACAUGAGCCGCAGGAUGACAGAGUGCGAGCGGCUACUGAACGAGAAGCACCUGUUCCACGGCACGUCGCCCCCCUCCAUCGACGGCAUCUGCAAGCACAACUUUGACCCCCGUGUCUCUGGCCGCCAUGCCACCGUCUACGGCCAGGGCAGCUACUUCGCCCGCAAGUCCAGCUACUCUCACAGGUCCUGGAGGGUUGUGGAGGUUGGGGCAUGUGAAGGGAAGGCAUGCUGUACUCUGAGCAGGUCGAGGGACAGCGGGCGAUUGGGAACUGGUACCGAUGAGGAGGUGAGGACUGAGGUGGGUCAGCAUGGUAGGUUUGAGGGGCUGAGUGGCCUGCUCCUGUUUUUAUGUGUACUUCACAUUUAGUUUGCUAACACCCCUUUGCAAAGGAGUUAGAAUUACAGUAUUGUACAGUAUGGAAACAGACCCUUCGGCCCAUCUGGUAAAUACUGACCAAGAUUCCCAAUCUGGCCAGUCCUAUUUGUCCACGUUUGACCCAUGUCCGCCUAAACCAGGGGUUCCCAAUCUUUUUUUAUGCCUUGGACACCAGGUUGGAAAUCCCUGCACUAAACCUUUUCUCUCCGUGUAUCCAUCCAAUUAACUUUGAAAUGUUGUUCAUGUACCUGGCUCAACCACUUCCUGUGGCAGCUCAUCCCAUUUACAGAUCACCCUAAUGCAGGAAUCCCUGAAGGUUAACUUGAAGCUUAAGUCGGCAGUCAGGAAGGCUAACGCAAUGUUAGCAUUCAUUUUGAGAGGACUAGCAGGGACAUAAUGCUGAAGGUGUGUAGGGCUCUGGUCAGACUUUCACCACCCUGUGAUGUUUGUAUUUGAGGGUCCCUCUGUUCCACAAUGCUCCCCAAGACCCUGCCACUCACUGUAGGAAGUCCUGCACUGACUGUCUUCCCCAAAUUCAGUAUCUCGCUCUUCCCCAAACUAAACUGCAUUUGCCAUCUCUCAGCCCACUGUCAACAUGUGUGUCGACUGCACGUGACUCCAUGGGGCAGUGGGGCAGUGGUCCGCAAGGCUUAAGGACAGUUCAGAGUGGUGCACAGGUGUUCCCCCCCCCCCUUUACAAAGGUAGAGCAUUCAAGACCUUUACAAAGGUGACUUGGAUAGGCUGGGUGAGUGAGCAGAUACUUGGCAGAUGACGUUUAAUGUGAAUAUGUGUGAGGUUAUCCACUUUGGGUGUAAGAACAGGAAGGCAGAUUAUUAUCUGAACGAUGUAGAGUUAGGUAAGGGAGAAAUACAAAGAGAUCUAGGAGUCCUUGUUCAUCAGUCACUGAAGGUGAAUGAGCAAGUGCAGCAGGCAGGGAAGAAGGCUAAUGGAAUGUUGGCCUUUGUUACAAAGGGAAUUGAGUACAAGAGCAAGGAAAUCCUUUUCCAUUUGUACAGGGUCCCGGUGAGACCACACCUGGAGUAUUGUGUACAGUUUUGGUCUCCAGGGUUAAGGAAGGACAUCCUGGCUGUAGAGGAAGUGCAGCGUAGAUUCACAAGGUUAAUUCCUGGGAUGUCUGGACUGUCUUACGCAGAGAGGUUAGAGAGACUGGGCUUGUACACGCUGGAAUUAAGGAGAUUGAGAGGGGAUCUGAUUGCAACAUUUAAGAUUAUUAAGGGAUUGGACAAGAUAGAGGCAGGAAAUAUGUUCCAGAUGCUGGGAGAGUCCAGUACCAGAGGGCAUGGUUUGAGAAUAAGGGGUUGGUCAUUUAGGACAGAGUUAAGGAAAAACUUCUUCUCCCAGAGAGUUGUGGGGGUGUGGAAUGCACUGCCUUGGAAGGCAGUGGAGGUCAAUUCUCUGGCUGCUUUCAAGAAGGAGCUAGAUAGGUAUCUUAUGGAUAGGGGAAUCAAGGGAUAUGGGGACAAGGCAGGAACUGGGUAUUGAUAGUAGAUGAUCAGCCAUGAUCUCAGAAUGGCGGUGCAGGCUCGAAGGGCCGAAUGGUCUACUUCUGCACCAAUUGCCUACUGUUCCUAUGAAACCUUUCUUAAGCUGAAACGGCAUAAAGCGAAGAACCAUUAAUUUAUGGGGAAAAUUUUCGUAAAAGCAGAAAUCCUCUUUGUAAUGCAAAAACAGGUUACUAAUGUAGGUCUUUUGUAAAAGCGAAGUGGUAUAAAGUGAACAUUCGUAAAGCGGGGGGCAGCCAUGCUGUAUUUGUCAAUGUGGAGCAGAGGGCAAAUCUGGCGGGAGCAAAGGAUGUUGGGAAUGACAAGGGUGUAGCGCCACAGGAGGGAUGUGGGACAGGCAGCAGAGAAGGAAUAACGGGGGUGGGGGGGGACGGAGUGCUGGCAUGGGUUCAGACACACCCAACACUGAGAAACAAGGCGAGGUCUUUUGAUUCCAAACUCUGGUGUCUCUGGUGCUUCCCACUCACUCCCUCCCUUCUCCCUUCCCCUUUCUCCCCAACAACGAUUCCCCUCUCCCUGCCCCCUUCCCACUCUCGGUCCACAAUAGGGACCCAUACCAGAGUCAGGUUUAUCAUCACUCACACAUGUCAUGGAAUUUGUUUUUUUUUGUGUGGCAGCAGCACAGUGGAAUACAUAAAAUUACUACAGUACUGUGCAACAGUUUUGGGUCCUAAGUGAUGUAUAGACCUAAGACACACUGUACUGUGUAGAGAGCACCUUUACCGGGCAGCACCAUCUUCUGCAUCCAACAACAUGCUGCAGACUCCAACCCCCUAAACGUCAGCCUCACGUAACCCUCUUGCCCCUUGCCCAGAUCCUGGUUUUGGAGGCGGGGACAUUCCCCACCCUCCAUCCCCUCUGUCUGUGGUGAAGAGGGGGAAGAGCCUGUGUGCAGACUGGGAAGCGGCCGUCUCUCAGUUCCUGUGACCGCUCGGUGGGCAGCUGGUGGUCAGCCAAGGACCCUGCUUCCAAGCUGUCUCCCUCUGCGGACUCGCAGAGAUGAAGUGUGGAUGCAGGUCGUUCGGUCCAUUGAGUCUGUGCUGUCCACCAACCAUUCACACAGAUCGCACCCACACACUCAGGGAGCAUUUACAGCAACAGAUUGACCCCCAAGUGCUGGGGGAGCCCUCACUCCAGAUUUCAUUAGGGACAGGAGAGGGCCAUUCAGCCUCUCAGUCCGAUCCCCACCAUCAAUGUCCACCCAUCCAGUGUCAACUGUUCUGGUCCCCAUCUUAGUAGGAUGACGGUGCAGGUGGGGAGAUCUGGCUGGUGUGGCCCCCCGUCUGUGGGACCACAGGAUUGCCAGCGGAGGAACUCAGCAUGUCGAGCAGCGGCUGUGGGGAUAAUUUCACCCCUACCCUGCAACAUCCUUGUAAAUUUUCUCUGUACUCUUCAAACUUACAACUUUCCUGGUCAAAACUGCCCACAGUACAGGUGCUGUUUAAAUGACCCCGUUGUAUCUCCCUUGACCACUUUCACUGGCAGCUCAUUCCAUAGACUCACCCCCCCCCCCCCCCACCGCUGGGGAAAGUUAACCCCUGGGUCUCUUUAAAUCUUACACCUGUUACCCUAAACCUAUGCCCCCCGAUUCUGGACUCAGUUACCCCGGGGAAAAGAUUGUGACUGUCUAUUUUAUCUAAUCCUCUUUUAAUCCAAGAUCCGGGACUGUUUAUCGAGAGCAGAGUGAUUGGUUCUGUUGUAUGAAUCAUCCCUCUGUGGUUGUAUUCUGGCCUGCUGGGUUACCCCACACUGGGGCCUGCUUCCAUCUCUCCCUUUUAAACUUACCCGCCUCACAGUGAAACUUCUAAUACAACAAAACUUCUUCAAGAAAAUGAGAAAACUAAAAGUUUGCCGGGCUAUUUCAGAUAGACAUCCGGUGGUUCAGAAGACCAAGCACCCAGGGUUAUCAGACUGUCACUGAAAAGUCUCUGUAAUCGUCCUCCUUAAUCAAACCCUUCCCGGCGUUCCUAUCCCCAGUCCCACCUUCUUCAUAGUGUAGUACUGGUUUAGUCUUGCCAUCUCCACUCACUACUAUUUAUUGUAGUACAUGAAGUUCUGAUGUGACACUAUUGGAUGCAUCUUCUAGGAAAUGCUUGUGAAAGACCAGUCACAUGAUAAAAUAAGACCAUAAGAUGUAGGAGCAGAAUUAGGCCAUUUGGCCCAUCAUGUCUGCUGUUCUAUUUACCUCUGAGCCUUAAUCUCUUGUAUUCCCUCCAUAUCCCUCAUGCCCUGACUAACCAAGAAUCGAUCAACCUCUGCCUUAAAUAUACGUAAAGACUUGGCCUCCACAUCCACCUGUGGCAACGAAUUCCACAGAUUCCCCACUCUCUGGCUAAAGAAAUCCCUCCUCAUCUCCGGCCUAAAUGGGUGUCCUUCUGUUCUGAGGCUGUGCCCUCUGCUCCAGCAUAGGAAACAUCCACUCCACACCCACCCAGUCGAGGCUUUUCGAUGAGAUCCUCCCCUCUUUCAUCUGAACUCCAGUGAGCAGAGGCCCAGAACCAGUAAAUGCUUCUCUUUCCUUCCUGGGAUUACUCUCAUGACCCUCUCCAUCCUUCCUGGAUAAGGGGCACAAGGUACUCGCAGUGCUCCACACGAGGCCCCGCCAGAGCCUGACGUUACAGACGUGGCACAGAGAGUGGUGAAUCUGUUGCCAAGUCAUUGGGUAUACUGAAAGUGGAGGUUGACAAAGGUUAGAGGGAGAAGGCAGGAGGUUGUCAUGGAGAGGGAAAUGAAUGGGCCAUGAUGCAGUGGCAGAGCAGACUCGAUCUAAUGCUAUGUCUCGCAGUCUUAUGAUAGAGCUCUUUGUGUGCUGCCCAGACCGGUCAUUUCAUACAUCAGGUUAGUAAACAGAACAGAAAGCAGAAUGGAGUGAGUGAGUGAGUGAGAGAGAGAGGGAGGGAGGGAGGGAGAGAGAGAGGAGGCAGAUAAUAAGGUGCAAGUGAGGUAGAUUGUGAGCCCAUCUUAUCGUACAAGAGUCUGAGAACUGUGGGCUGAGCUGUCCUUGAGCCUGGGGGGACAUGCUUUCAGGGUGUUGUCUGAUGGGAGGGGGAAGAGGGGGUAUCUGGGCUGAUCUGGGCCUUUGCCUCAGGAAAGCGGACAGAAUCGUCCGUGAGAAAUGUAGAUGGAGUCCAUAGGUGGUGGGGGGGAGGUGUAGGCCGAUUUCCGCGAUGUGCUGAGCUGUUCCCACACUCCCCGCAGCUUCCUGUGGCUGCAGGCAGAGCCGUCACUGUACCAAGCCGUGACAGGUCCAGAUAGGCUGCUUUCAGUGUUGAUACAAAUCGGUUCAGGUCACGUUGAAUGGGACAGACUAUACCGAGGGAGCAAGAGAAACUGUGACGACAGACUGCUAGAAAACACUCUGCUGGUCGAGCAGCAUCUGUGGGGCAAGCAUUUCUGGAGAGCCGGCAUUCUGACCUGAACACGUUCCUCCCUCUCGUGAGCUGCCACCUCACCUCACCUGCCGAGUAUUCACUGGCAUCUUACCCCUCCACCAUGGCCCUUCCCUCGGCCGAGGAAGAGGGUAGGACAGCCGGAGGUUUGUGCUCGCUAAAGCUGGAAUGCUGGGGGGGUUGAGGAGAGAGCGUGGCAGGAGGAGUGAUGACUGGAGACCCAGAUGCCCAACCAACAGGCAAAGUCUCUGGGGCAUUAUUUCUUAAAACCGUUUGAAAAGGAAAAUUUAAGGACUAAAGUGCAACAAAAACCCACUUUUAUGAGUUUUGUAACAUCAGCAGAGUCUGGAAAGAGUCCCUUUGGCCUAAAUCAUCCAUUCUGACCAAGAUUUACAUCCAAGCUGGCCCUGUCCUUACAAAACCUUUCCUUUCUUUGCAAAGGGAGAUGGUCAAUGCCUCCUUGGCUGGCCCGAGUGGGGUCCAGUGUGGUCUGUUCGGGGUGACGAGGAGGGCCAGAUAAUGAUGGCAUAUUUGAGCAAUUUUAUUUAUUUUCCCCCCGCCCCCUCCCCCCAGCAUUCUGUACAGGAAUGGAAGCUGGGCCAGCUCUCCCCUUCCCAGCGAAUCGGUGGGUCAAUCUCAGGGUUUUCGACUGGUCGGGACCAGUUACAGGGCAGAGUUACAGAGUGAGUCCUGAACUGGGAUUCAGUUCAGGGUCUGGGUUGGAGAAUCCAACCAAAGGUCUGGGUACCGUCCUGUCAAAUUAUGGAAAGCACUACGAAUUAGGAUUAAUUUAUUCUGUUGUCUUUGUAAAAUGGAAUGGAAGGAAAAGCAAUGUGAUUUUUCUAGCAAAAUAAUUAAAUGAUUUUGUUUACAUAAUUGAGGCUUGGAUUGUUUC